UCAUCAUCUCUCCAUUCAUUUGCUUUAACAAGUCAAAAGAAAGUUGACAGACGACAACGCAGCUGGAAACAACAGCCCCAGUCACAAUGGCCGGAUUGUCCGGAAACUUGCUGUUCUCAGCACUAUGCAUACUGUGGCUUGCCGCAGUGGAUAGCAAGCCUAGCCAGGCAAGGAGCGUCCCUCUGACGGGAUCCCUGCAAGCCGAUGGUAUUCUCGAAGCAACGGGCAAAAGACAAGAACCGGAACUGGACUAUCAUGACUACACACACUGCAUGUUUUUUAAUGGUACACGCUGGAAUAAAAAUACCUACUCCCAAUAUUAUGAUGAGUUUAAGCCCACCCAUGAUCUAAUCGCGCCUGCGAACUUGGAGACCGAUCCACACAGCAAAAUCGAGUCGGACUACUGGUACAAUUACUUCUUCUGGUACAAUGCUUUCUACUAUCAUGACAUCCAGAGCAUACCUGAGCCCGAUUUCAGCUCGAAUUAUGAGUUCGAACCUGCUUACCAUGACCCAGUCUGGGACUACUGGCGUCAUUACUGGAAGGCUCACUUCCAGGCCCUCAGACCCAAGCCAAAAGAAUGUACUGACGACGUUUUAGACUUCUUCAACUCCAAUAAUAUCCGCCCCGUUAAUGAGUACGACAUUUAUGUCGGUUAAGCUUCGUUACGUAUUCAAAAUUGAAGAGGUUUAAAACUUUUUUUGGUCGAUUUUUUUUUUUGGGGGGGAGGGGGGGUUGCUCUUAUCAAAGUCAGUUUCUAUCUCUAUUAGAUCUACUUCUAAAAGCAUUGUUGUCCCAAUUUCUUUCAAAUUCUCUGUUGUAGAAAAGUUGGGUUUUCGUCAUUUUACUUACCAUGGAUUUAAUAUAGGUUAAAUAAUGAAUGUUCAAUAUAAUUAUUCUAAAGUAUUCAUAUUUUAUCAAAAGUCCUAAAAUGAAGUCUGGUACAAUAAUAAACACUGAAAAAUGCAUUCAUGGUA